UAUAUAUCUAUUUAUUUAUUUUAGUUUGCCAAGGUAUUCUUACAACGUCUGAGACUAAUUUAAAGAUAGAAACCGCACCAACCUUGUGGUUAGCUAUAUGUCUACUACCUAUAUAUUCAUUCAUCAUCUCUACUAAUUUCACAAGUCACAAUCACUUCACCGUUCACCAGAAAACUCUUUCACUUUCUCUCUGCCUCCAUUUUUAUUCAUGGCUAUUGCCAACGCUUUCUGCAUUUCCCUCCGAUCGACGAUCUCCGACGCGGCCGAUUCCGGCGUCUUCUCUACUCUUCCUCCACAAUUCACAGCCUCCAAAUUGCAAUCCUCCGCCGUCUUACACUCAUUUUCCAGUUCCGGCGGCUUCGUUUAUCGCCGGAAAACGUAUACUGUUUCAUGCACUCUUGAUGGUGUUGAUAGUUUGCCACCGGCAUUGAAAGAUGAGCAGGAAUCUGCUUCUGUCCCUUUGCCAGUUGUUCAGAUAAUUCAGGAUACUGAAUGCGAUGCAACGGCUGUGGAAAUUAGCUUUGGUGAUCGGCUAGGUCUUCUCAUUGACACGAUGAAGGCACUCAAAGACUUGGGCUUGGAUGUUGUGAAAGGAACUGUUACGACCCAGGAUGCAGUGAAAAAGACAAAGAUUCUUAUUACACGAUUGGAUACAGGGCGCAAAGUUGAAGAUCCGGAUUUAUUGGAGAACAUUCGUUUGACCAUAAUCAACAACCUUAUGAAGUAUCAUCCAGAGUCCAGCGAACGGCUUGCUAUGGGAGAGGCUUUUGGAAUAAAAGCACCAGAAAAGAAGCCGGAUGUUGAUGUUGCGACUCAUAUACAUGUUAAGGAUGAUGGACCUAAGAGGAGUAUGCUGUAUGUUGAAACAGCUGAUCGAUCUGGUUUGCUGAUGGAAAUUGUCAAAAUAAUGGCUGAUAUUAACAUUCAUGUUGAAUCCGCAGAGAUUGAUACAGAAGGUCUAAUUGCGAAGGACAAGUUCUAUGUCAGUUACGGAGGGGCAGCAUUAACUAAAUCUCUGUCUCAGGUGCUUGUGAACUGCCUGCGCUACCACCUUAGGAGGCCUGAAACAGAUGAAGAAAGUUAUUAGCUACCGAGCAUCCUCGUAUGUACACUUAUAUGUAUAACCUUGUCUACCAAUCAAUGCAAGGGCUUGAGUCAUCUCAGUUGUCAUGUAACAUAUUAUGUGCGUUUUCUGAUCGAGUCAUAAUAAACUGAACUGACAGGACUACCAAUGUCAUGUAGAAUGUGUACAAUUUCUUCCGAUUGUACUAUUGAAUGUAAAAAUACUGUAGCAAAAUCAGAAUGCAUGACAGUUGAAUUUUGUUGCCAAUAAGAGUGAGCAGUGGAAACAA